AUGCAGAAUUUCUCUCGCCUCUCUGGAAGUCGCACCCCACCCACAUCCACCAUCCACCUCGUUCUCCGUCUCCGUGGUGGCAUACAGAUCUUCGUCAAGACCCUCACGUUGGAGGUGGAAUCAUCGGACACCAUCGACAAUGUGAAGGCAAAGAUCCAGGACAAGGAAGGCAUUCCUCCUGACCAGCGCCUCAUCUUCGCUGGAACGUUGCAAGACAGCCGUACUCUUAGUGACUACAACAUCCAGAAGGACUUGGAGGAGUCUACCCUGAUCUUGCGUCUCCGCGGAGGCAUGCAGAUUUUUGUCGAUGCCCUUGUCCUCUUCCCCCAGGUACUCAGCCUUACCCUUUGCCCCAGGUGCUCAGCCUUAUCCUUUGCCCCAGGUGCUCAGCCUUACCAUUUGCCCCAGGUACUCAGCCUUACCCGCCCUCUGGCCCUCAACCUUACCCGCCCUCGUCCCCCUCGUUUCUCAGCAUUAACCUCUCCCCCCGGCGCUUGCUGUGCUAUGCCAGAUGUCAUUGAUCACACGGGACUUGUUUUUUUUGCCAACUUUACAUCUCAGUUGAAUACACAUGUCAGAGUUACUCUACCUAAUGUAUGA